AUGCCUCUUCCUCCGCGCAAUCGUCAGGCAUGCGACAGAUGCCACAGCCAAAAGCUACGAUGUCCGAAGCAGGCCGGCUCUGCCGUAUGUGCCCGGUGCUCCAAGGCCAGCGUUGCUUGUGUCUACAGUCCCGCUGGUCCACGUCCGACAACUCAAGACUUCGCCAUCCUGGAAGCCCCUCUCGUCGCUGAGACCUCAGCUUUGGACUGGGAACCCUUCUCUUUUGACCAGCUCCUGACUUCUCAGCCAAUAUCCCAACUCAACAUCUCUCUCAGCGAAAACACUCGCGAAGCCCAACUUGAUCCGAGAGCCCGAUGCUUCGAACAGUUGUCCGCCAUGAUGCUCAAGCUGAACGAAGCUUCCAAUGGCCUGCCUCCAGUCUCGAAGCUACACGUUGCCGCUUCCGACUUGAACUUGUUCUGUACCCAAGUCAACGAAUCGUACGGCUUGCGCCGCUCACUCGAGUUGAUGCUUGGCCAAACCCAGCAGUUGAUCGAAUUGUAUCCCGAGGCUAUUCGCUUGGCCGUCGCGUACGAUGCAGCCCCUGAAUGCAUCCUUCCCAAUUGUGUCCAUACCUUCAAGUGUCGUACUGAUUUUGGAUCAGACCCAUUUGAGGCGGCCGACCGCCCGUCAAGCGUCGACUUCACCUUGCUCAACCAGCUAAUCUCAUGUCACUACCGCCUUCACGACAUUACAGAACUCAUAUUCUCGCACGCUCAAGUAUGCUUUAAAAUAUCUGUCGCCUCCGCAGAAUACGACGGCGUUGAGAACCAUCGAUUCGAUAUACCCGAACUUCGCAUCGGUUCCUUCACUCUUUCCCCUGGAUCCUCGCCUUCUGUCAUGUCCGCCAUCCUGGUUGAUCUUCAGUCCUCCCUAGCUCGCUGCGUCCCCAAGAUUCAAGCCUCGUUAGAGGGAAAGGCCGGCAGAGAGUGCCAGGUACUGUCUUUGCAGUGCGACAUGUUGAAAGAGCGUGCAGACUCCAUUGUGGAUCGCCUCACGAAACUCAGGGCCGCCGUUAUCGAAGCCGGCAUCAUAACAUGA